AUGCAGUCGUUCAUUAUUUCAUUUGCUUUUUUGACACUUCUCAGUUUACUUACAACUUCGAAAACUUUUGCAGAAAAAUUUGACUAUGAAUUUGUCACUUGUGGAACAGUCUUAAAACUCCUGAAUCACUUUCAUAAUGUGCGGUUACACUCACAUAACAUCAAAUAUGGUUCUGGCAGUGGACAACAAUCAGUGACAGCAGUAGAAUCAUCUGAUGAUCAUAACAGUUAUUGGCAGGUGCGACCCAAACCUGGAACCUCAUGUUUUCGAGGAACACCUAUAAAAUGUGAGCAGACCAUUCAGCUGAUGCAUUUGGCUACAAGAAAGAAUCUCCAUGGACACCAUUUCCGAUCUCCUUUAUCAAAUAAUUUAGAAGUCAGUGCAUUUGGUGAAGAUGGGGUUGGUGAUGCAGGUGAUGACUGGGUUGUGGUAUGCAACAGUGGAAACUGGUCACGUGUUGAGUCAGUCCGUCUGAAAAAUGUAGUGACAGGAAAUUUUCUGCAUGUGAAUGGAGAUGUCUAUGGCCGCCCCAUCCAAGGUCAACGAGAAGUCAGUGGUCACCCUUAUCCUAAUGAGAAAAAUUCCUGGCAAGCUGCUGAAGGUAUCUUCAUCAAACCAGCACCAAAACCUAACAGCAGAUUAAGUCGUGAAGCUCAUGAUGAAUUCUAA